UCAACUUGCGUUUAUUGAAUAAAACCAGAACCAGUGUUCUAGGUUUCGUUAGAGAAUACGCUCCGGCAGUAUCAAACGAAGCAGCAACUAAUAAAGUUCGGUUUUACCAGACCCGCAACCAACCACAAUCUGAGACAAUGCGUGUGGCAAUAAUUCUGUUGGCGAUCCUGGCGGUAGUGUGCGCCAUUCCGGCGGAAAAGUCUCAGUGCACAAAGGCUUGUACCGCUGACUACACCCCGGUAUGCGGCGUCCCAAAAGAAGGCAAAGGGAGCACGGUAACGUUCGGCAAUACGUGCGUGAUGGAAAAGUACAACUGUGAAUCACAGAAGAACUAUAUCGCAAAACAUGAAGGAGAGUGCGGGGACAAGAGCCCGGUGCGCCUAUCAUGAGAACACCAGGAUUUGCAUGUGACGCAUACGUGAAAGAACAUUAUCAUUAGGACUUCCGAAAAAGUGGUAAUAAAAAGAAACUAUUUUAACAACGCAAACGAUAACGUAUGUACACAAAUUGAAUGGCGAUGACCAAUUUGAGAACAACUCAAUGGCGUUUGUUGUCGGAGUGCCCAACAUCUCGAUCGCCAGUGAGAAUUAACCUCGCUAUCAAAAAGAUAGAACAAUAGAAACAACACUAUAAUUUAAGUUUGAGAAAAACUGAACAAAGCGUUGGACAAAAGUGA